CCCUGCAUCUACACGGGACCCAGGAAGGAGACGAAUGUCGGGGUGGCGCAGCAACCAUGGAAACCAGCCAAGGCAGCAGCCAGAGGAAUCAGCUCAGACAGCAGGAAGACACAUCCAGAGGUCCCCUGAGAAGUGUGAGCAAGCCUCGGAAGGGCUGUGUGUGAAGAAGCCCUGGUGCACAUGCUCUGUGCCUGGUGGAGACCAUCUGCUUUAUCUGAAGACUUUCAGAAGCUGAGGAGCCGGGAAGCUCAAACACCAUCUUGUCUGAGUCGAAGACCAGUGACUUGAAGUGCACGCUCUUUCUUGGCAGGAGCAGGUCUCUCUGGAGCAGGAUGGCCCAGGAGCUCAGCGAGAAGGAGCUAUUGAAGAUGGAGGUGGAACAGUUGAAGAAGGAAGUCAAGACCCCACGAACCCUGAUUUCCAAGACAGGAAAGGAAAUCAAGGAUUACGUGGAGGCUGAAGCAGGAAACGACCUUCUCCUCAAAGGCAUCCCUGAGGACAAGAAUCCCUUCAAGGAGAAGGGCGGGUGUGCGAUAAGCUGAGGGCCCUGGGGCCCCGCCCCCCUGCCCAUCUGUCCCUCCUCAGCCCUGCUCUUCACCAGGAACCCAGUGUCCGGGGACUCCCAGGGACCCGGGGACUCUCCACCCUCUCUCGGCCACAGCAGGAGUAGACACCUGGCCCGUGCACUGGGGAGCUAUGCCCCACUCCCACCUUCAGUUCUCCUCUCCUCCACCCGCUGGGCCACUUGGAGGCCCUCAAGGACAGCUUCUUGGGCUCAGCAACUGGCACCUUCUGUGCUGGGGUCCCAAGAGCUGGCCACACCCUGAGACCCCGGACAGCACCCUUAGGGACGUCUACCCCUCCCAGGAGCCGUCUCGUCUUUCCCUUCACUCUCUUCCUAGGAGCCAGCAUUCCUACUCAGAG